CUCUCCUGCGCCCCCUAACCUACCGUUAUUAUUCCUCUGUCCGCGCGGACAUCAUGCGGCUGAACUGAGAAGCUUUUGAGACUUUCUUCAUAGGUUGUGUCAAACAUCAUAUCAGAAAUGUGGGAGUUACCCAGAAUACGUUUCGGUGACUGUAACAGUUCAGAAGGGAGUGAGGAGACGGAGAUCGCGGUAAAUAUCGGCGGUGUCAAGCACGUUUUGUAUGGAGACAUGCUGAGCCGAUAUCCCGAGACGCGUUUGGCGGAGCUGGCGAAUAGAUCCACGGACUCCGCGCAGGAUCUCUCCGCGCUCUGCGAUGACUACGACGCAUGCAAGCGAGAGUUUUACUUUGACAGAGAUCCGGACGCGUUCAGAUGCAUCAUGGAUCUGUAUUACUACGGAGAGAUUCAUAUGAAAAGAGGCGUCUGCCCUAUGUGUUUCAUGAGAGAGAUGGACUUCUGGGGAAUCGAUCCGGAUUAUCUGGACGAAUGUUGUAAAAGUAACUUAAACGAGGUGGAAAGUGAACUGGCAGAAAUUGCAGAGAAGGUCAAAUCCAUCCUGGAUGACCAGGAGGGCGAUGCACAGACAACCAGAGUCCAGAGGUGCCAAGUGUUCCUGUGGAAGCUCAUGGAGAAACCGGAGUCAUCAAUGGCAGCGCGCGUAAUCGCCAUCGUUUCAUUUGUCUUUAUCUUAUUUUCCUCCGUGGUCAUGUGCGUGGGUACCAUCCCUGAACUGCAGGUGCAGAAUGCCGAUGGACAGUUCGUGGAACACCCGAGCCUUGAGGCCAUAGAGACGGCUUGCAUCAUUUGGUUCACCGUGGAAUACAUUUUGCGUUUCGUCUCUUCUUCCAACAAGGUGCGCUUUAUGCUCUCCUUCAUGAAUAUAGUAGACUUUCUGGCCAUCAUGCCUUUCUACGUGGUGUUGAUUCUUACGCAUCUGGGCACCGCUAUGAUGGAGCUGGCCAACGUGCAGCAAGCGGUGCAAGCGUUGCGCAUCAUGCGCAUUGCGCGCAUAUUCAAACUGGCGCGCCACUCCUCAGGUCUCCAAACUUUAACCUACGCGCUUAAGAGCAGCUUGAAGGAGCUGGGACUCCUGCUGAUGUACAUGGGCAUCGGGAUUUUUUUGUUUUCCGCGCUGGGGUACACGUUGGAGCAAAGCCACCCGGAGACCAUGUUCACCAGCAUCCCGCAGUCCUUCUGGUGGGCUAUCAUUACAAUGACUACUGUGGGUUAUGGAGACAUCUACCCAAAAACUACGCUGGGGAGGUGUAACGCCGCUGUCAGCUUUUUGUGUGGCGUAAUAGCGAUUGCGUUGCCAAUCCACCCGAUCAUUAACAACUUUGUCAUUUUUUACAGCAAACAACGUGUGCUUGAAACCGCUGCCAAACAUGAGAUUGAACUCAUGGCGUUACGCGCAAAGGAGGAAGAGCAGGAGUGCCCGGAUGAUGCCAAAAAGACUCGGGCAUCAGGUCUGGGCAGUGCUGAUGUGAGAGGGUCACAUGAUGGUGAAACCUUUAUACCUUUACAUGAAGAUACAGCUGGGGCGUCCAAAGGACACCCUGUUCACAAAUGCAAAAACAGCUGAGUGAUUUUUUUUUGUUCACGUGUUUGUAAAAUAUAGCUAUUGGCAGUUUAAGUAAACUGUGAUUCAUCAUAAAUAAUGUUUAAAGAUGUAUCUAUCUCUUUGGGGGAUAAAUCCUUCAGAGCAUAUCAAAACUUUAAGCUUUUAAAAUGUCGACUUGUGUUCCUUUAGCUCAGUUGGUAGUACAUUGCAUUAGCUGUGCAAAACUCAUGGGUUUGAUUUUCUGAGAACACAUAUACUGAUAAAAAUGUACACAAUAAUCACUUUGGAUGAAAAUAA